ACCAUUGAUGUCAUAAAAUAUUCAACACAAGCUUCUAGCAAAAGUUGUUAGAAGACAAGCUUCUAGCAAAACCAUCAGUUAUAUUUUUGAGUUUUGUCUUACAUGUCUUUGGGAAUAAUGACAGAAAAUAUGGGAUGGGGAGUCCUAGAAGCUCAAGGCUGGAGAAAAGGGCCUUGGACUUCUGAAGAAGAUAGGUUGCUGAUUGAGUAUGUUAAGUUGCAUGGUGAAGGAAGAUGGAACUCUGUUGCUCGCCUUCAAGGUUUGAAGAGGAAUGGAAAAAGUUGUAGGCUAAGGUGGGUUAAUUACUUGAGGCCAGACCUCAAGAGGGGCCAAAUCACCCCAAAUGAAGAAAGUGUGAUUAUAGAGCUCCAUGCUAGAUGGGGAAACAGGUGGUCUACAAUUGCAAGAAGCUUGCCAGGAAGAACAGACAAUGAAAUCAAGAACUACUGGAGAACUCAUUUCAAGAAAAAGACCAAAGUUUCCCCAAGCGACGCCAACAAGUCCAAAGCAAGAAUGCUCAAAAGGCAACAAUUUCAGCAGCAGCAACUUCUUCUUCAGCAACAGCAGCAAUACGAGGUGGACAUGCAGAGGAUCAUGUCGAAUCUACGAGACCAAACUGAAGUGCCUAUCCCGUCUCUACCUCAGCACCAACUAAUGAUGAAGCCACAAGACAGCGUGGCUAGCUCAAACAACUGUACACAAACAGUUAAUUCUGAUCAAGGGAGAUAUGACUAUUCAUCUAUGACUAUGGUUAGUCAUUUCAAUGAUUGUGCUUCUGUGGCCGAGUCCUCGAGUGAUCAAGAUUUCUUUUGGGAUGGCAAUUUGUGGAACUUGGACGAUAUUCAGGGCAAUUUCAGUGAAGUCCCAGCAGCAAAUAGAGCUGCCGCUCCUCUGCAGGACUUCAAUUCCUCUCCUUUUAUGCUAUUUAACUGCUACUAAAUUAGUGUAACAACUCUCUGCUCAAUGAAACCUCCCACAAAGAGUGGUUUCUAAAUAAUGAAGCCUCCAUGAAAUGUAAUGAAUUUGCACUAUACCCCCUUCAAAUUAUAGACUUGUAUUACCGCGUUAAGUUACCAGUUCUCCUGUACACUGUUAUAUUAGUUAAUCAAUUGGUGUACUAACAUGUGUACAGUGUCAUAUGCAUGCUUUCGCGUCUAAGUCGACCAUGUUAAUUUCAUUA